GAUUCCCUCUCCUAGCACCCACCACCCCUUGCCUUUCUCUCUCUCUCUCUCCGUCUCUCCGCCUUGCUCCGGAUAUUCUGAUGAGGAAGUUGAACAGGUCCUACCAGCCGACGCGCCCAUGUUCCCGCGGCCGGACUUCUUCGAGGGGGCGCUGUUGAAUGUCGCGGAGAACCUCCUGUUUCCCGGAAACGCGGAAGUCGCGGCGUCCGCGACCGCCGUCAUAACGGUGACCGAAGCCGAGGGGCAGCGCGUGUCGACGACGUGGGCCGAAUUGCGGGAAGCCGUGCGUGGAUGCUCGGCUGCGCUGAGGGCCGCCGGCCUAGGACCCGGGGACGUCGUCGCCGGGUUCGUCUCUAACCACGUCCAGGCCCUCGUGGCGAUGCUCUCCGCGGCCGCGCUAGGCGCCGUCUGGACCGGCAUCAGCCCGGACACCGGCGUGAGCGCCGUCCUCGACAGGCUCGUGCAGAUCGAGCCCAAGGCUCUAUUUGCGGACAACGGGACGCUGUAUAACGGAAAAUCCUGGUCGAGCACGGGAAAGACAUCCCAAAUAGUCGACGAGCUUAAGCCCAAGGGGCUGGCGCUCGUCAUCGUCGUAAACAACGUCCAAGACGUCGCCUUAGGUUUGGACGAGCUGCACUCGAAGGGAGUCGCGGCGAAGGAAUACGAGAGUUUUCUACAAAGUGGCGGCAACGCGCUCCUGAGAUUCGAGCAGCUCCCGCCGUCUCAUCCCCUCUACGUAUUAUACUCCAGCGGCACUACAGGCCUGCCCAAGGCCAUCGUACACACUGCGCUGGGCACGCUGAUCCAACACAAGAAGGAACACAUCCUCCACUGCUCGAUGGGCCCGGCUUCGAGGAUGCUCUACUACACAACCACGUCCUGGAUGAUGUGGCACUGGAGCAUAUCCGCCCUCGCGUGCGGCACCACCCUGAUCCUGUACUCCGGCUCGCCCUUCCAGCCCCACGGCCACCUCUCCCUGCCCAAGCUGCUCUCCGCGCUGCGGGUAACCCACUUCGGCACCUCGGCCGCGUACCUCACCGCGCUCGAGACCAACGGUGUCUACCCCGCCCGCUCGCUUGACCUCUCCCCCCUGCAGGCUAUCUACUCGACGGCGUCGCCCCUGCCGCCCUCGACAUUCUCCUUCGUCUACGAGGCCUUCCCUCCCCACGUCAACCUGGCCUCCAUCACCGGCGGCACCGACAUCAUCUCCCUGUUCGGCGCGCCGUGCCCGCUGCUUCCCGUGCACGCGGGCGAGAUCCAAUGCGCGGGGCUGGGCAUGGCCAUCGCCGUGGUGGACCCGGCCAGCGGCGCGCCGGUGCCGCCCGGCGCCGACGGCGAGCUCGUGUGCACGCGGCCGUUCCCGUGCCAGCCGCUCACGUUCUGGGGCCGCGAGGGCGCGGCGCGGUACCGCGCGAGCUACUUCGAGCGCUUCGCCGGCGUGUGGCACCACGGGGACUUCGCGCGGGUCGGCGCGCGCACCGGCGGCCUGACGAUGCUCGGGCGCAGCGAUGGUGUGCUCAAGCCCGCCGGCGUGCGCUUCGGCAGCGCCGAGAUCUACAACCUGCUGACGCGCUUCUUCGCCGGCGAGGUCGACGACGCCGUGUGCGUCGGCCGUCGCCGCGACGCCGACCGCGACGAGGUCGUCUGCCUCUUCGUUGCCAUGGCCGGCGACAAGCCCUUCUCGCCUAGCCUCCGCGACAGGAUCCGGGAGGUCAUCCGGAGGGAGCUGAGCCCGCGCCACGUCCCGGGCGUGAUCGAGGAGUGCGGAGCCGGCAUCCCGAAGACGAGCAACGGAAAGAAGAUCGAAGUUGCGGUUAAGCGGAUCCUGUCCGGGAUCGAUGUCAAAACGAACACAAGCGUAGCGAACCCGGAGGCGUUGGUUUGGUUUAGAGAAUGGGCGGCGACGCAUAGCUAAGGGGCACUCUAGCAGCAAGGCCCGUGGGCGACGGGGGCAAGAAUCUCCCAUCCAGGCGUAGCGCAUCGAGAAAGUAGAAUCGGUGUUUCCUAGCGGUAGAUGGGGCCUCGGGAACGGAUUUAGAACCAUAGUCUACAUUAUCACUACGAAGCAUCGAGACACGCGAGGGGGCCAGCGGCGGGGG